AUGGAGACCGAGAAGCCCCCCGGCUACGAUGAAGCGACUCGCUCCACUCCCACCGAGUCUUCUAGCGUCUUCGAUGGCGCAACCAAAAGCCCCAGUCUCAAGUACGCCCUGAUCUCGAUCGCCUGGACCGAUCGCAUUCGACUACUGCGGUUCCCCGAGCAUAUCACCGAGCGCGUCUCGGCGGUAUUCCGCACUACUUGGCCCAAGAAUAUCCAACAUGUGAAGCUGGUCGCCGAACAUCCGGAGAUCAAGCUGAAAGGGAAUCCGUUCUCGUAUGCGCAGGACGACGAGAAGAUCGCUAUCCGCCAUUGUUUCCUCGAGAUUUUCGACAUGUUGGCGCAGGAGGGGUGGGGAGUUCAUCCGGUGUUGGCGGGCACAGGGCGCAUUGGCUCCUUUGGGAGCACGGCCGAGAAAGACUGCAUUGUCUUCCAGCGUCAGCCAGCCCAGUGUCUCUCCUGGAUGUGCGUCUCCUUUGAUUCGAGCUCCUAUAUCCACCUGAUCAAUAGUCCUCCGGAGUUUGGGCAAUCCAUCAUUCAGGUCUUCGGAGAUAAAGUAGAGAAGUGCAACCGGGACUUGGUUUCGGGGAAUUUCGAAAUCAAAUUUCGCGAUGGGCCCUGGUCAGGGUCAGGGAAAAACGCAAUUUCGAGCCGACUGAUCAUGCUGGAUGUCUUGCGGUGUCUGGAAGAGCAUGGGUAUGCGCUGUGCGCCAGUAUCGAUUUGGACAACGGGUCGGGAGGGAGUCUUUAUAAGAGCAGUGCCAAUACAUGGUUUUGCUGUCGGUCACCAGAAUUAUGA